UUAGGUCCCUUCUCUUAAUUAUCUCUCUAAACUUUUUGGGGGUGGAGAGUAGAGAUCUGACCGAGACGAGAUCUUGGAAAAAUAUAGGUUAUCGAGUUCGAUAUGUUUCGAGAUCUUGAAAAUCUUGGCUUUCCAUUAAUUGAACAUUUACGCCGUUUUGGCAAGAAAGUUCGUCUUUUACGAGCCCAUAACAGAUUAGGGUUGAUUAGAGCAAAACUGGCUGGUGCUAAAUAUGCUAGAGGGGAUGUUGUUGUCUUUUUAGAUUCUCAUUGUGAGGCUAAUGAAGGAUGGUUAGAACCUUUACUUCAAAGAAUUAAAAAACAACGUUCAGCUGUUGUUUGCCCCGUUAUUGAUAUUAUUUCUGGGAGAGGAUAGCUUUCGACUUUUCUAGGCUUUUUUUAAUUAAGUUUCUUUAGUAGUCUUUCGAGAUCGAUGCUCUUCUGUCCUUGACUAUCUUCUUUAUUAGUCGGGGACAGGGCGACCCUUGCCAAACCCCCAAAAGGGGUAUGGCUUCACUUAAAGGGGGCGAAAUCGGCCAAAAAAGGGCUAAGAAGCCAAUAAUCUUUGU